AUGCUGCGGAUCCUGUGCCUGGCACUCUGCAGCCUGCUGACCCACGCGCGAGCUGACCCUGGGGCACUGCUGCGGUUGGGCAUGGACAUCAUGAACAAGGUCCAGAGCGCCAUGGAUGAGAGUCAUAUCCUGGAGAAGAUGGCAGCUGAGGCAGGCAAGAAACAGCCAGGGAUGAAGCCUAUCAAGGGCAUCACCAAUUUGAAGGUGAAGGAUGUCCAGCUGCCCAUCAUCACACUGAACUUUGUACCUGGAGUGGGCAUCUUCCAAUGUGUGUCCACAGGCAUGACCAUCACUGGCAAGAGGGCAGAAGAAGCAUUGAGCAGUAUGUGUCCUGCCAUCGAUGCGGUCCUGGUGUAUGUGAACAGGAAGUGGACCAACCUCAGUGACCCCAUGCCCGUGGGCCAGAUGGGCACCAUCAAAUAUGUCCUGACGUCCACACCGGCCACCACAGCCAGCUACAUCCAACUGGACUUCAGUCCUGUGGUGCAGCAGCAAAACGGCAAACCCAUCAAGCUUGCUGAUGCCGGGGAGGCCCUCGUGUUCCCCAAGGGUCAUGCUGAAGGUUCGUCGCAGCUGCUGCUCCCAGACACCCUCCUUUCCGCAGAGCUUGCCCUUCUGCAGAAGUCCUUUCAUGUGAACGUCCAGGAUACGAUGAUUGGUGAGCUGCCCCCACAAACCACCGAGACACUGGCUGGCUUCAUUCCUGAAGUGUCUGUAGCUUAUCCCAAGUCAACGCCCUUGACAACCCAGAUCAAGAUAAAGAAGCCUCCCAAGGUCACAAUGAAGACAGGCAAGAGCCUGCUACACUUCCACGGCACCCUGGAGAUGUUCGCAGCUUGGCAGAGGGGCAAGGCUCCAAUGUCCCUCUUUCUCCUAGAAGUGCACUUCAAUCUGAAAGUCCAGUACUCAGUGCGUGAGAACCGGCUGCAGAUGGCCACCUCUUUGGACAGAUUACUGAGCUUGUCCCGGAAGUCCUCAUCGAUUGGCAACUUCAAUGAGAAGGAAUUAACUGGCUUCAUCACUGACUAUCUCGAAGAAGCCUACAUCCCAGUUGUCAAUGAUGUGCUCCAAGUGGGGCUCCCGCUCCCGGACUUUCUGGCCAUGAAUUACAACCUGGCUGAGCUGGAUGUAGUGGAGAAUGCCCUGAUGCUGGACUUGAAGCUUGGCUGA